AUGGCCUCAUCAGGUUUUGAUAACUUUGACGUAGAAUUAACAGAAGAGGAUAUUCCCGGUGCUUCCUUAGCUGGAAGAAUACCUUCUAAGCUAAAUAUGGACGAGCUUCGUUUUUGGUUAAAAUGUCGUGGUGAUUCGUGCAAAGGCCUUAAAAUGAAGGCACAAUUCGUAAAACGGUAAGCUUAAAAAAUUCUACAUGUGUCAAUACGGACUCGAUUUUGCGCUGUGUUGAUAUUAUGUUUUGGUUUUUCAUUGAAGGGUUGACGAGUAUGUAAAAUCAGGCCGCGACAAGAGCAUCGUUAACCCCGACGAAAACAAGAUAUUUUCGAAAAGAAAAGCGAGAAAACAAACUUCCCAAGAAAUCGAACCGGAUACUAACGAAUUGGAAAACACAUUAAAUACAAGUCGAGUUAUCUACCCGACAAACAGUUGGUCGACUUCUCUGAGUCGUAUGCCUUUAUUUACUCGUGCAGAGAUGAACUUGCAUAUCUCAAAAUCUGGCAAGUCCUUCUAUCCACAUAGCAAAAAUCAUACAGUUCCAACAUGUAUGAGAAGAGCCAAAACAUUUCUAGAUGAUGAAUACCUAAAAGACGUGUUAGCCAACAGCGACGAGAAACACUUUUAUUGUAAAUGUCUGUGCUAUCACAGCUUCAAAAAGAAUGAACCACCGCACAAGUUGAAGGUUGCUUUGGACAUUGUAUCUGCAGAG